CCCUAGCCGUCCUGCUUCAGAGAGAGACAGAGAGUGAGAACUGAGCUGAGACCUGAGAGUCUCGUCUCCGCACUCCGCUCCUCCUCAAACCCUUAGCCCCUCCUGCCUCCUUCCCGCUGACCGCUGACCGCUGACCGCCGACCGCUGACCGUCGCCGCUGCCUUCCACCCUCUGGUCUCUCAGCGCUGCCUCCCACCCCAGACUCAGCAACAUAGUCGUCUUUUCCUGGUCGUGGUCGUCAUCUUCUCCUGUUCGCGUCGCCGGUCUUCGCUGGACGCUGGUCUUCCUUCCCCUUUUCUCCAUUAGGUUCAGGGAUUGGAGUAUUGGAUUUAUAGAAAAAAAAUCCAUCCCUUCCUCUCAUCAACACACAGGCACACCCCAACUGAGCUUGGUGGAGAAGGUCUAUAUUGAAGAUAGAAAAGGAAAACAAACUGAAGCUAAUCAAGAAGCAACCCAAGAAAUUCGUUAGAAACUGUUUUAUGUUUUUAUGAAUAUUAUGUUUGUAAUGACAAAUUGACAAUUGAAGAUUAUUUUUUAUUUUCUCUAAUUUUUUUCAUUUUUUUCAAUUUUUACUUAUUUUUACAAAAAUCCGCGGAUAUCCGCGGAGACCCAGGUCCCCAGCGGAUACGGGGUCCCCGCUACCCGUCAUGGGGACGGGGCGGGGACGGGGACAGUAAUUGGGGGCGGGGGGCGGGGGGCAUGUCCCCGCCCCCAUGGGGACCCGUUGCCAUCCCUACAUGGAACCCAGGUUUAGUGUGGUUACUUUAUGCUUGUUUUAUAAUGUUUGUUGCUGGAUGAAGUGUGCUUCACUUGGCAUGCCUUGUAUCUGAUGCUGGAAUGGUGGAGCUGCUCCUACAAUUUAGAGGGAAGAUUGCAACUGCAAAAUUACUUAUUUUAAGACCGGUUGGACCAAUAAACCAGUGAACCAGUAACUAAAGCGGUUUGAUGACUGGUCCGGUUUUCAGAACCUUGCUCAAGAAUGAUUUCAGCUAUUUCGUGGAUACCGAUAGGUGCUUCGAAGGCGGAACCCACAGUAGCUGAACCUCCUUCCAAGGAAGAAAUUCAAGAUAUAAUCACCACUGCCGCCGCCAGUACAGCAGACAGUGAAAAUGAGGAAGAAGCAGGGGAUGAACGCAUGGAUGAUGCCGGUGGCGCCGUCGAUGAAGUUGCGCGAGCACUCAAUGUUGCUGAUGCUCUCGGGAAGGCUGAUAAAUUGGACGAUAUUGCCCUCGGUUUGAAGGAGCUUGACAUGGAACAUUACGAUGAUGAAGAUGAAGGAGUUGAGGUAUUUAGUUCCGGGAUUGGUGAUCUUUAUUAUCCAAGUAACGACCUGGAUCCUUAUAUCAAAGAUAAGAACGAUGAUGAUGACUCUGAGGAACUCGAAGACAUGAUCAUUAAUCCAACUGAUUCCGUCAUUGUUUGUGCUCGUACUGAGGACGAUCUCAGUCUUCUCGAGGUUCAUAUACUUGAGGACGCCGGUACUAGUGAGAUGAACAUGUAUGUCCAUCAUGAUAUCAUAAUUCCUGCAUUUCCACUAUCCACAGCUUGGCUUGACUGCCUUCAAGGAAGAGAGAAAGGAAACUUCUUAGCUGUUGGUUCAAUGGAACCGUCAAUAGAAAUUUGGGACCUUGAUGUUAUUGAUGCAGUGCAGCCAUGCAUGGUUUUAGGUGGCAUUUCAGAGAAAAAGAAGAAGGGGAAGAAGAAAUCAAUCAAAUACAAAGAUGACAGUCACACUGACUCUGUACUUGGUCUUGCCUGGAACAAAAAGAUCAGGAAUGUACUUGCUAGUGCCAGUGCUGACAAGCGAGUCAAGAUUUGGGAUGUGGCUACUGGGAAGUGUGAGAGUACAAUGGAGCAUCACUCAGACAAGGUUCAAGCAGUUGCUUGGAAUCAUCAUGAACCAAAAAUUCUUCUUAGUGGUUCAUUUGAUCAUACUGUGGUCCUGAGGGAUGGAAGGAUGCCAUCCCAUCCUGGUUAUAAGUGGUCAGUCACAGCUGAUGUCGAGAGCUUGGCCUGGGAUCCACACACUAACCACGAUUUUGUGGUGAGUCUCGAGGAUGGUACUAUCAAGUGUUUUGAUGUUCGGACCGCAAUGUCUGAAUCCACAUCUGAUCUAAGUUCUACAUUUACUCUUCAUGCACAUGACAAAGCUGUUACCUCAGUAUCCUAUAAUGUGUCUGCACCUAAUCUACUUGCUACUGGAUCGAUGGACAAAACGGUAAAGCUUUGGGAUUUAUCGAACAACCAACCAUCUGUUGUGGCAUCUAAAAACUCCAAUGCUGGAGCUGUAUUUUCUAUUUCGUUUUCAGAGGACAACCCCUUUGUGUUGGCUAUAGGAGGCUCAGGGGGAAAAUUGCAAGUUUGGGACACUUUAUCUGAGUCUGCUGUCUCUCGGCGUUAUGAAAAUUACAACAAGAAUAGAACUCGGUCGUGAUAUAAUUGAGUCAUAAUAGCCUUUCCGGUCUCCCCUUCAUGAGUUCAUGUUACGGGUAGGCUAGAAGUAUUUAUGUUAGAUACAGUUGUUGCGAAUAAUUAGAAUUUAUUUCAAAAAAAGCUGUAUUUUUUAAUAAUAGGUCUCAUGACCAAAAGAAAAACAAAACUAUUUAACAUAGGUCUACUUUAUUUCUCUUUUUAUUAAAAAAUAAUAAAUUGGUAAGGAUGGUUAUUUACUUAUUUUAACAUGUGUAAUUUUUUAUUUUUAAAUAUUCAUAUUUUAUUUUUA